AUGAUGGAUAUUCAAAUCUUGGUUUUAACAAUAAUUUUUAUUGGUAUGUCAAUUGGUGCUGAAAUUGAUUGUAAAACAGUCAUUAGGAAUGCCUUUGAUAAUACUGGAUGUACAAGCAAGUGUGUUACAAUCGUUGGAAAUGGAUUGACUCCAGGCGGUGUUCAUUUAAGUUUCAAAGGAAAUAUGGUUAAUAACAAUGGUGUUUUAAUGCAAGAUCAAAGUAAAGUGAUAUUCCUUGCCAGUGACAAGUAUUCUUGUGAUUCUCACAAUAGAUAUCAACCGUUCUUGGUUCAGGAUUCCGGUUCAUUUGGAGUAUUUAACCUUUAUUCCAAUGGAUCUAUCAGAGCCGAUGAUAACAUGUACAACAUGAGAUGUUUCGAAGAAUUGGGAAAUAUUAUCCAUUUUGCACAUGAUAAUAUUCGUUUAUCAUUUUUGUUAAGAAUUAGUGAUCAAUGUAAACCACUUCAUUUUGGUGAGAAUUGUUCUGAUACCUCAACAACUGGAUCAUCAACAUCAACAACUGGAUCUUCUACUACCUCUACCACUACUUCAACAACAGGAUCACCAAAUACUCUUUCAUUCUCAUUCACUCUAAUUAGUUCGUGGUUUGUUGGAAAUGAAAGAUACAUGCAAUACAAUGUUGAUAUCAAGAAUGACGGUCCAGUUGCCAUAAAGAAUAUCAUUUUCUCACAUGAAAACUUUGAACCAACCGAUAAAUGGAAUGUCGAAUCUCUUGAGAAUGGUUGGUUAACUUUACCAUCUUGGGCUGGUAUUGGUGUUGGUCAAGUAUUCACUUUUGGAUAUAUCACCAAAUCAUCUACUCAGCCAAAAUUCACCAUUCAAUCAUCAUCAACUUAUUAG